AUGGGAAGAUCAGGAAGCAAUGUUAUUACGAUGUGGAUUACGGCAUUAUUAUUGAUGGCGGCAAUGAGCGGAGCAAAGGGCAUGGUUGUUGUAUGUGACACCAACAUAGCAUCGUUGGUCGAACAUUGUCGUCCAUCGGUCAUCGGAUUACUUCCUCCCCAUCCGACAAAGCGAUGUUGCCGCGCGAUUCGUCAUGCAAAUUUAAGUUGUCUAUGUAAAUUCAAGUUCAUGUUGCCUAUGUAUAGAUUUGAAGUAAGCAAUGUCAUGGCCUUGCCUGGAAAAUGUAGCAGAAUUAAUCCAUGUGGAAGUUUUUGA